AUGGAGAGUUAUAGAAAAUACCCUGUGAAGAUGCUGCAAGCGACUGUGCUGCAGCAGGCAUCCUGGUAUUUGUUCAAACCCAGGCUUAUUCCACAUUGCUGGGCAAUCCCUGUCCAGCAGAGGUUAAAAGGCCACUUUGCCACAGGGGUUAGGACGUUGCCUUUUUCAGCUGAAUACUUGGUUGAAAUCAACAAAGUCUUGCUGGCCAUGGCUGAUGUGGAACUGCUGCUGAAUGCACCAGAGCUAAAUACUGGCAUCUAUGAGGAUUUUUCCACUCAGGAAGAUGCACUAAAGAAUGUAAAAGAUAUUUUGGAUAAACUUGGGGAUCAAAUUGCAGUCAUACAUGAGAAGCAACCUGAUGUUAUAUUAGAAGCAUCUGGACCUGAGGCGAUACAAAUAGGAGAUGCGCUAACCCAGUUGAAUGCAGAAUGGGAUAGAAUUAAUAGAAUGUACAAUGAUCGUAAGUGUGGCUUUGACAGAGCGAUUGAGGCAUGGAGGCAGUUCCACUGUGAUCUCAAUGACCUCUCCCACUGGAUAACGGAAGCUGAAGUGUUAUUAGCCGAUGCCCGUGGUCCAGAUGGCACCCUGGACCUGCAGACAGCUGGGCUGCAUCAGCAGGAACUUGAAGAGGGAGUCAGCAGCCAUCAGACAAGUGUUUCAGCAUUGAACAGAACUGGAGAAGGGAUCAUACAGAAACUGUCUGCUACAGAUGGGAGCUUCCUGCAGGAGAAGCUGGUGGGAUUGAACAGACGCUGGAAAACAAUCACUGCAGAGGUCAUGGAUAGACAACAGAGACUAAAAGGAGAGAAUCAGCAGCUGAUAGAGUACAGAAAGAAGCUUGAUGAGCUGCGUUGCUGGUUGGAAAAUGUAGAAAAUGCUCUGGACACAAGAUUUACAUUCAACCAUGAAGAAAACUUGCGAGAAUUACAGGUCUUAGGUGAAGAGAUGGAAGUACAGGGAGACAAACUGGAAUGGCUGAACAGGACUGAACCUGAAGUGCUUUUGGAUAAAAAUGUUGAUCUUCAGGAAAAAGAUAGACUUUCCGAUUGCCUGCAGUCCCUCAAUGUGAGGUGGAAUAAGGUGUUCAGAGAAGUGCCUGACAGAGUGAGAGAAUUGGAGACAUUUGUUGGGCAGUCUCAUCGUCUUACACAGACAAAGCCUUCUGAUGUCCAAAAGGUGGUGCUAGUAUCUUCUUCAUUGGAAAUUCCUGUUCAGACUCAGCAGUCUUUGGAACUUUCCACACCUGCUGAUCUGGAUAAAACUACAACUGAGCUGGCUGACUGGUUGGGAUUGAUUGAUCAGAUGCUCAAGUCAAACAUAGUCACCGUGGGAAAUACCGAAGAGAUCAAUCGGACUAUUGGACGAAUGAAAAUAACAAAGGCAGAUUUGGACCAGCGGCACCCUCAGCUUGAUUCUGUUUUUACAUUGGCUCAGAAUUUGAAAAAUAAAGCUUCCAGUUCAGACGUUAGAACAGCGAUCACAGAAAAAUUGGAGAAGGUGAAGAAUCAGUGGGACAAUACCGAGCACGGUGUGGAGGUGCGGCAGCAGCAGCUGAAGUACAUGCUGACAGACAGCAUGCAGUGGGAAGAGCAGAGGCAGGAAAUGGAGCACCUCAUGGAGCAGUGUGAGAUCCGUCUGCGUAUGCUCCUGCAGGCCCCAAAAGAGAUGCUCACCAAACAGAUUUCAGACAACAAACUGUUAGUACAGGAUUUGCAUAGAGGUGACAUCACGGUAGCUGCAUUCAAUGAUCUUUCUAAUAAACUUCUUCGAGAGUAUCGUGAUGAUGACACAAGAAGGGUGAAGGAAACCACUGACCAGAUGAACACUUGUUGGGUUAAUCUGAACCAAAGAGCUGUUGACAGGCAGAAUUUCUUGGAGACAGAGCUGAAGACAGUACAGGCCUCACACAGGGAUCUGGAGGGCUUCCUCAAGUGGCUUCAAGAGGCAGAGACAACAGUUAAUGUUCUAGCAGAUGCAUCCCAGCGUGAGAACACUGCUCAGGACAGUGCCUGCAUAAGGGAACUCAGAAAGCAGAUCCAG